GAGGCGAUGCUACAGCGGCUGCAAGAGGAUCACAUCCAACUGAAGAUGGACGGGACGAGGAACGUAUGGAUCGUGAAGCCUGGGCAUGGCUCGCGUGGGCGAGGGAUCAAGUGUUUCGAUGAUCUCAUCGCCAUCAUCAAGUACGCGACAAGCAGGAAGAAGAGCGCGAUCGUGCAGAAGUACGUGGAGAACUGCCUGCUUCUGGACGACAAGAAGUUCGAUAUCCGUGCUUGGGUGCUGGUCUCGAACUGGAACCCUCUUACCGUCUGGAUGUUCGAGCCCUACAUCCGACUCUGCACUGACGAUCACAGCCUGGAGCCCGAGAGCCUCGAGAACAAGUUCGCGCACCUCUGCAACCGAUGCGUGCAGGAGCACUCAGACGAGUACGAGGAGGAGGACGGGGAAGGAGGGACAAUGUGGAGCGUCGCCACCCUCACUGACUACCUGGACGCCAACUUCGGAGACGGGAAGGAGCUGUGGAAGAAGAUCAGAGCUCAGUGCAUGCAAAUCGCGCUCUACGUGAUGCACAGCUGCCAGGAGGCGAUUGACAACAGACUUGGCUGCUUUGAGUGGUUCGGGCUUGACUUCAUGGUCGACCUCGACUUCAACGUCUGGACCCUCGAGUGCAACAUUAGCCCCGACCUCUCCAAGGGCACUGAAGUCCUGGAGCGACUUGUCCCUGCCGCCAUGACAUCAGCAUGGGAUAUGCUCCUCGAGUUCCCCCCAAAGGAGGAGGAACGAGACGUGGAGCAUGGGUGGGACUUGAUCUACCGCGGGAAGGAGAUCAAGAGGGACGUCAUUCAGAAGCGCUUCUGGCUCAAGAAGACUCUGCUCACCGAGCUCCGCGUCGGGCGUCCUUUCAGCAUGAGGGAUGCCCUCCAGGUGAAGCUCGGCAGCUGGACCAAUCUGUUCCUCAACACACAAGAUCGUGUGAAGGUGGUGAAAAAGGUAAGUCUCAAGUCCAAGUCUGCUAGGAGAGACUCAACAAAGAGCAAAGACGGAAGCUCGUCGGACUCGGAGGCAGACUCGUAGCCUUGCGUGUAUCAUAGAGUUUCAUCUACAUUCACAUGUACAAGAUAGCUUUGAC